AUGGUUGCCCUGGAAAAAAGGGGUUACACCACUGUGGAAGGUUUGAAGAAGCAUAUGCAUAAACUAAAGACAAGAUGGAUAGGACAGUACUGGGAAGAUGAUGAGGAUUGGGAGGCUACAGAAGGAGAGGAGCUACCUGCUGAGCUCAUGAGUAUAUGGAUGCCCUCAUCCAUUGGAGCAACCAAACCGAUGGAGCUUGGCCUUCAUGACCUCCUCAAAGAAGAAAUGGAACUCAGGAUUGGGCAAGCUAAUGAUUGUCUGGACCAGCUCCGAACCAACCUUGGACACAAGGCAAUGGAAGGUACAAGAACCAAGCAGGACAUCCAAAAAGUGGUGGCUCGGAUAAACAAGCAGGUCAGAAGUUAUCAGAGGGCAAGGCAGGCCAUUCUCCAGUUGGAACCCAAUCAAGAGAUUGGACAAAAAUAUCAGGCUAUUCAGCCCCAGGACCUGGCAGUGCGUAAGGAUGUUACAGAGGAGAACCGGUUUGGGCAGGGAACCAGCAAAAUGGCAUGGUUUUGGAUGAUGGAUGGUGAACAGGGUCAACUGAAUGCUGAGAAGGGGGGUUUAAUGGAGGAGUUUUACAGGAUCAACUGGCUCAAAGCAAGGGCAAGAAGGGACAGGUGGAAAGAAGAAUUGUCAUUGGUGAGGCAUGAGAUGGUUUGGGCCAUCUUAUGGUUUGAGUUCCAGAAGGACACAUGGGAGAAAAGGGCUCUACAAUUGUUGGAACCAGGGAAAAAGGCUUAUGCUCAUAAGCAGAUAGUGUUGUGGACUGACUUUUCCAAAAAGGCCCAAUUGAUGUUCCAAGAUCCUUCAGCAAGCAUCUUCAGGAUCUGUGGAAUUGCCCCAGAACUUGAGAGUGGUAGGGCCAUCAGAAGGGUGUUUUUGCCAGAACUAGACCCUGAAGACCAGGAUGAUGAGGAACACAUCAUUGAGAGCAUCCUGGCUGCAACAGACAAGAGGAAGGAGCAGCCUGGGACUGGUGAGGAUGAGGAUGGCAGAGAGGAGAGGACCAGACCUACCAAGGCUGGAAAUUACAGAAAACCCUUCACUGAUUUUACUGCCUCCCAGCAGCUCUUCAAAGAGGACAUGGAUGCCUAUGAUAGGGAGAGGAGGGACACCAAGGACCCCAAGACCAUAGGUCAGAGGACCAAAAUCAUCCAACAGUGGUGGGAGUCUCUUGCAGAUGACAAGAAGGCUGAAGCAGGGAGGGCUGCUUCCAAGUGGAAUAAGUUGGGAGCUCCAAAAGAAACUCAUGAAUUGUACAGGAGAAAAAAUUUUCCCAACAUGGCCAGAGACUUUAUUGAAACAGUCAGGAGGACCAUGGGGUCAAAUAUAGUGAUGUUUCUGGCUCAUGAGACUACUGAUUCUCAGAUCAAGAUGGCAGUCUUUGAAACACAACCCCCUGAUGGGAAGAAGGCCUUCUCAGAGUCUUCAGAGCCCACCAAGGAUUGGGUUCUAAAGGGAGAGCAAAUGUUAACCAAUUAUCUUUUGACUGAAGCUGCUGAGGAAGAUUUGAAUGAUGAGAAUCCAAAGGUGGAGAUAGCCUUGGAUGAUGAAGGAAACCCAGAGGUACCAGCUUGGACUGGUCAGAAACUCAAGGUCCAGCAGAGUUUGGCAAGAAUGGUCUUCCAGGCUGCCUAUGUGCAUCUACAGUUGUUGAUGGAAGUUGGAAACAUAGCAAAGUUUACAGGGAAGCCCAAGGCCAAGGUUCCCUGGGGCCUGCUUAUCAAGUCCCAUUUGGAGUAUCUGAGUUCCGAUUCCAUCCCAGAAGGAUUUGUGAUGAAAGAUCCUUCAAAAUGGACCAAGGCCAACAUGUGGAUGCUUUGGAAUCAUUGGAAUUCCCAAGAGGAGGAGGAUAAGGUGAUUGUUUCAUUCAUCAAGUGCAAAAAGGAGGACGAGCCAUUGGGAAGGCCCUGGAACAGGAAAACCCCAUCCAAAAAGAGAGAGUGGAUGAGCCCUGGGGAGGACAGUGAAGCUGGGGUGGAGGCCAAGCCCUCAGAUUUAGGGGAAGAAAUUGGUGGGGCUGGUAUGACCCCUAUAGCAACUUCAUCAGGGGCCCAGGAUAUCCUUGACUCUGGGAGGGCCCCAUCUGAAGAUACCCCUCAUGAAUCCAGCCCUGCUUGUCAUGCCAAUGGGGACAGGGUGAAAUAUUUAAAGUCCCUUUGCAUCAUGCCCAGGUACCAGGAACUUGUUGAGCUUGUAGAUGGCUUGCCAGAGACAGAACCUGAUGCUGGACCAGUCAACCUGCCUGUCUGGGCAUCUUGGGCCUGGAGUGCCCAGUAUUUGCCCCAGGAGAUGCAUGGCAAUGGGGAUUCCUUCUGGAAGGCACUGUAUCAAUUGCAAAGUGAAAAGUUUGCAUCCACCCAGAAAGGUCUUACCAUUGUACUGGGAUUUGGUUUGUUGUGGAGGGAGUGCAAAAGAGCACAGGACAUAGAAUCAGAUGACCCUGAAGCUGCUAAUCUGGGCUUUUUGCUAGGCUCAGGUCUUGAUAUCCACAAGGGGGAAGAUGUUAUGGGUGCAGUGGGGCUGGUAGUUGCAAGACUGCAGCAGAAUUCUGGUGGCUCAAGCAGAGGGAUUGGUGCACAGGAAACAACUGGGGUCAGUGCAGGGGAUUCCUGUCCCACCCAGGGGGGUGGCAUGAAGGAAUCCUGGAAUACAAGAAAGGAUGUGAGGAAAAGAAAAAGGGGAGGCAGUGGGGAUGUUGAUCAGAAGAUGGCAAAGGAGGGUGAAGAGGCAAGCAAGAAAUCAACUAGAGCUCGUCAACCAACCAAGAGAGCUCUGGGUCUUGGUCUAUAA